UGAGCUGUGUGAAAGGGGGCAUCAUCAUCCUUGUUUGGCAUGGUACAUCGCUACCUUAGCUUAGAAUUAUAAAGUUCUAUCUGACAGUUUUGGCUGUUUUGGGGUUGGGUGGGGGUUUUUUUGCGUGUUUUUUUUUUGUGUGUGUGUGCGCGUAAUGGGUACUAAGACCAUGAGGUCAGGAACCAAAUGUUUCAUUUCCUCUAUCAAAAUCGUAAGAUUAUUCGGAUUCGAUAUAUAUCAAAAGUCAAAGUACUGCAUUUAAAAAAAAGCUUGACAUUUUGAAAUAUUGUGAUAGAAAUCUACUCACAAUUUUUUACGACAAAUUUCUCAAAAUUAGUUACUGAGCAGAUAGCACUUUGUAAUUCUAGGUAAGCGACACGCACGAACUGAACUAUAAGAAGUGAGACAAACUGAGAUAAUGGCGAGAUGAACCGAGACGAAUUGAGCUGAUGGUGGGACAAAAUAUGAGCUUAUGUUGAGACGAAUUGAGCCAACGGUGAGACGAAUUGAGCUGAUGUUGAGACGAACUGAACCAAAGCUACCGUCACUGAGCUGUGAUCUCGGUGACCUGAACAUCUCUUCCAAUGAGAUUGACCAGCUGCUGAGGCAGAGUUUUGGGGAUGCUUCAUUUUCCUUGGACACUCACAUGCAGUUUGACUCAGAGGUGCCGGACAGCUAUGGCUCACAGUCACCAUGCGAUCUGAACUUCUUCUUGGAGGAUAAUUCGAGACCCAGGGAUCUGAACCUCUCAUUCCCCGGUGAAGGCAAUGUCUCUCCACUCUUCAACACCCCUGCCGAUGCACCCCUCCCCUUUGACACAAGCGUGACCCCACCACACUCGGGUGGGGUGACGCCUCAGAACAUGUCCCGUUCAUCUUCACCCACGUGGAGCGAGAGCAGUGGCAGCAUGAGUGCCAGCAGCUCCACCGUAGCGUCACGAGGUACCGGACGGUCGCCAAAAAGUAACAACCCUGUUCCCCGCCACAAGAGGCCAUCUCACAAGCGUGCUGAAGUCAAACGGAGGGAUAAAAUCAAGACUUGUCUUGAUGACCUUAAAGAUCACGUUCCCUCCCUACGUGAUAAGGGUAAACUCAGCGAGUCAACAGUUCUUACUAAAGCGGCUGAGUACAUUCACCAACUGAAAGACGGUUACAAGGACCGAGGGAGCAAAGCAGCAGAGCUUCGCCGGGAAAUUGAGUGCCUGAGCUCAGAAAUUCAUUCCUUUCAAGAAAAUCUUCCAGCGGCCGGCCUGAAGGAAGAAGCCAACUCCUCACCAUCUCUUGAUGAUCUGUUUCAACAAUGGGCCUCCGAAGGAAACUGGCAGAAUCGAAAAUUCUUUAUAUUCAGUUCCCUCACUUCCAAGCUGUUUGAAACCUUCAAGGAAGUAGUCGGUUCAGCUACGACUCUGGACUCCUUGGUAUCCAAAGCUCAAGAGUGGCAGGCAAAAUACUUAAGUCUCCCUGUCCUCAGAAAACAAAUCUUGUCAGGAAUGCUUAAUCUGAGCAGAAAAACCAGUAUUGUUUCAGACUCGGAAAGCCUGAAGCUAGAGUUCCAGGAAGGAAACUCAUGACGCUAAGACUGGGUGCCAAUGGUUGCCCAUGCUGUAAUGUUGAAAAUUUAUUUGUGUUGUAAAUAUAUUGAUGUUAAAGUCAUUGAGCUUUUAUUUCCAUGUACAGUGUCUUCUUUCUUUUUUUUUUUUUAGUUUAUUCAGUUCAUGACUAUAAUAUAUUAUAGAUAUGUACAAACUCAGUUGUCACUGAGUAAUGCAUAACAUCUUGUUCUAUAAAAGUUUCAUACCUAAUGAUGAUGAUAACUAAUUCAGUGACUGCUUUAGUGUUCGAACAUUCGGGGAUGAUGGGGAUGGGUCUUCCUAAGAAGGAAAAGUUGUGGGUGCAGUGAUGUUAACUGUGUUAACAACUUGUUGUAGCCUAUGUGUGAUGCAUGGAUUGAGAUCCAACUAGAUUUUGAUACAAAGCUGGAAAGAUAGUUUUGGACAAUAUAACAUCAUGCAUCAUACAUUCUUCACGUCUAGGAGUGAUAGAGCAAUCAUAUUCUCAGGGAAAGCCUUCACGGCUGUCAAUCAUGGAUAUUAUAUAAUAUAUGACUAUUCUUUUCUUGUUUUGUCUGAAUACUGUAAACCUCAUUAGCUCUAUCACUCUUAAAGAUGUGCUAGCAAGUCUUGAAAUAUUGUGGGGGGUUUUUGUUUCAUUGUUCUCUGCCGCAUAAUAAUUGAAGAGAACUAUCAAAAGUUACAGCCAUUGUACAUUGAUUUGAACGCCUGUUUUAAAAAAGAGUCUCUUUUUAACCCUAUCCGUACGUCGUGUUUAACUACCGUAUCCAUACGACGUGGGGAACUGUGUCACCGCUUUCAAAGAGGAAAUUUACUUGUUAAUUCGAUCCGUAUGCUUUGCAUAGCAGUCUGUCAAAAUGAUUUUUUGAGAAAUACUGAAAGUUUCAAAGAGAUCUUCGUACUAGAAGUAUUCUAAAAUGUGAAGAAUACAACCCCGGGAGUACAAAAUGAUCCCUGGGCGUACGGAUAGGGUUAAAUGCACAAAAAUACAUUUAUAAAUAUAUAUAUAGAUAGUAAUAAGAUUAAUCAAACAUAUGAAACAGUAACUAAAUUAUAAAAACCAAAUUCAGGAUGCACAAAUCUUUGGCACUUGUGAAAAGAUAUAAAAUAUUGCUUCAAGGAUUGCGAGUGGAAACCUGCUGCCUAAAGAGUUGGCAGCUCCAUUUUCUUUUACUCUCUUGCUGUCUUUAGUUUUAAAAUCGUAAUUUUUCUUUUAAAGAAGACUACCCGUACAGAAGAAAAUUUUCUAUGGUUCGCCUUUUAAAAAAAUGGUUAUAAUGUAACUUUCUUUCCGUACACACGCGUACAUGAUAUAUUAUAUAUAUCAUAUUGUAAAUAGUGUAUGUUUGUGUCCAACCACAAUCAUGUGAAUGAUAGGCUGACUUUGAUUCCUUGAAGGAAACGGUGGAGUCAUAAUGUCAUGUAUAUAAUUUUGUACAGGUUAGAACAGAUAUUUUGAUGUUCAUAUACUGCUAACUGAAAAUGACAUUAAAUUGCCUUUUGAAAGAUAAA